CUUUGAAUUUUUCUGCUUUCAAAAAAGUUCAGAAAAUUCUUCUAGAGUUUAACAAUGAACUUAAUUAUACAAAACUCUCGGAGGACAAAUUGUAGUGCGACUCCUGAAAUAAAUUCAUUAGGCAGAAAUGACCUACAGAGCAGAUGUGUUUUGGUGCACCACAACACUCGAGAGGACUUUGAUGAACUUUUUUAACCCGGGAGCGGUCGCAUCGUGUACUGAGUACACGCACUAUGAAAAAGUACGCUCGUGAUACACAGUGUGGUAGGCGGUUAGAGUGUUCAGCCACUGGGCUGAAUUUGAGUCGAUUCGAGGAGAAGAACAACCACUGGGAAGAGUGAGAGUACAAAAGCAGGUUCGGAGUCACGAACAAUAAACGGAUAAAUCUGAGUCUUGUUUCGAGUAAUUUAUUAUAAAUAAUUCACAAUUAUCACAUCUGGCGACUGAGGAUAUUAAUUGGAAUCGUCUCAGGUAAGGAAAAAUAGGAAUUAAUAGACAACAGACUGAUUUACGGGAAAACAAAAUUUGUUUGCCACUUGCAAACCAGAAAACAAAAUGGACGUUUGAAAAAUAAACAUUGGCGUGAUUUUUUUUUUUCGGACUGCAAGUCCGCUUGCGUAAACAAUCAUUCAUAACGUUGCUUUUUCAUUGUUUUCAUUUAGCUGUCGUCGGGGCAUUGCUCGACAGAGGUCAGCGAAGACCGGAAAACAAAUAGAGUGGUAGGUCAAAAAGACCGUAGCCAAUCGAAGGGACCGUAGCGGUUCAGGAACAACCACAGCAGGUCAGGCAAGACCGUAGCAGGUCGGGCAAGACCGUAGCAGGUCGGGCGAGACCGUAGCAGGUCGGGCGAGACCGUAGCAGGUCAGGAAAGACCGUAUCAGGACAGGAAGGACCGUAGCAAGUCAGGAGAAACCGUAGCAGGUCAAGAAAGACCGUAGCAGGUCAGACGACAACGCUCGAGGCAGGAAUCCGCCAGGUCCGCGAAGACCGCACCAGGUCUGAGAGACCGAAGCAAGUCAAAGGAGACCGAAUCACGUCCGGAAGGACACAAACACGUUGUGAAGAGCAACAACAGAUGGGGUAAUACCUGGUGAUACCAGACGUGUCAAGGUUGCUAACCAUGGAUAAAUGGGACAUACCCCAGUUUAAGUUUCGAUCGCUGCCGAACAACGUGAUUCGAGAUGAAUGGCAGAAGUACAAAAGGAAUUUUGGCUACAUAGCCGCCGCCAACGGGGAGAAGGAUAAAACGCGCCUGAAGAAUAUAUUUCUUGCUAGAGCGGGGCCGGAUGUACAGGACGUUUUCUCCUCGUUGCCUGGAGCUGAUGUAGAGGAAGAUGAGCAUAAUGCAAUCGAUCCAUACAAAACGGCCAUUGAGAAGCUCGACGAAUACUUUUCGCCUAAGCAUCACGCGGCUUUCGAAAGAAAUUCUUAUUGGACUCUCAAACCAAUGGAUGACGAAUCAAUGGAAAAGUUUCUGUGGCGUUCCCUGGAAGUGGCCCGUAAAUGUGACUUUGGAAGUACUUCGGAAGAAAGCCGCAAUAUUGCCGUGAUAGACAAAGUAAUAUUGUUCGCACCCUCGGAGCUGAAAGAAAAAUUAUUACAGAAGGAAACAUUAACGCUGGAUGAGGUGGCUCGAAUGGUUAGUUCAUAUGAAGCUGUGAAAUACCAAUCAUCUCAGAUGCGAGGUGCACCUAACACUGAUCGUCCUUCUACAUACUGGGGCGGUAGCAGCAGUGAAGUGUGCAAGAUUCAAGGACCAUCGAAAAACCCAACGGGCGAAUGUUUCAGGUGUGGACGUAAAAAUCAUUACGGGAAUGACCCAAAGUGCCCAGCUCGGAAUCAAAAAUGCAACAAAUGCAGCAAAAUCGGUCAUUUUGCGAAACGGUGUAGGACGACCCUUUUUUCACAAAAACGGAAGGCGGAUAAUCCGGUAGAAUGGCAAGGAAAGAAACCGAGACCUCAAAACGUUUCCAGGGUACACGAUGACGAGAAAGAAAACCCCGCGACGACCAGCUUUAUAUUCAGUAUCGGCAAUGGUGAGGAAUUCAUCUGGGUGAAUGUAGGAGGCGUCCUCAUUCAAAUGAUGAUUGACUCAGGAAGUGCGAAGAACAUUUUGGACGACCAAACAUGGGAACGCAUGAAAACCCACGGAGUCGAAGUUGAAAAAUUCACAACAGAAGUGGAUCAAACCUUUCGUGCAUAUGGCCGAGAUUCGAAGCCUUUGGUUGUAGGUUUGUAUUACCAAAAUUUAUAUACGCACAGUAAAUUAUUUACUAGUUUCAUUUUGCUUUCCUUAGACGGAAUGUUCGAUGCAAUCGUUUCCGUUGAAGGCGUAAGCAGCAGAGUGGAAAGGAACGAUACCUUCUAUAUCGUGAAAGGUGGAUCGCAGCCGCUACUUGGUCGUUUAACUGCUACGAAGCUGGGAGUGUUGUCUAUGGGUUUACCUAGCGGGAUAUCGAUGGUGAAUAACGUUUCAGAUGAGAAAAGACCCUUUCCGAAGAUCAAAGGUGUUAAGCUGAGGAUUCCCAUCGACAAAACCGUUACUCCUGUGGUCCAACACGUAAGACGUCCUCCCAUUGCACUACUUGGACGCAUUGAAGACAAGCUAUCAACUUUACUGAAGUCGGAUAUCAUUGAACCAGUUUCGGAGGCCAGCGAGUGGGUGUCGCCGUUAGUAACGAUUGUUAAAGAUAACGGCGAUCUCCGCCUAUGCGUUGAUAUGCGCCGAGCAAAUCAAGCUAUACGACGGGAGCACCACAUGAUGCCGACUAUUGAGGAUUUCCUACCACGCCUUAAGACUGCAAAGUUCUUUAGUAGACUUGAUAUUAAGGAAUCAUACUAUCAAGUGGAACUAGAAGAGGACAGCCGAUAUAUUACAACCUUCAUUUGCCACAAGGGGCUCUUUCGGUUCAAGAGACUGAUGUUUGGCAUUAGUUGUGCGCCCGAGAUGUUUCAAAAAGUCCUUGAACAAAUUCUGGCGGAAUGUGAAAACACAAUCAACUAUAUCGAUGACAUAAUCAUCUUUGGAAAAACGGAUGAAGAACACGAUCAAGCUUUACAACGAGUUCUGACGACACGGAAGGAGAGGGGAAUUUUGCUAAACCACGCGAAGUGCAUUUUCAAGGCAAAAGAACUCGACUUCCUGGGGCAUGUGAUCUCAGAAGACGGAAUUCGACCGACAGCAGGUAAGAUUGAAGCAUUGGAAAAGUUUCGGGCACCGACAACUGCGGAAGAAACGCGAAGUUUCUUAGGACUGGUGACGUAUGUUGGUCGAUUUUUACCAGAUUUGGCAACCGCAACCGCACCUUUGCGUGAGUUGAUACAGUCGGGCAAACAUUUUGUUUGGCAAGAGCGUCAUCAGAAAGCUUUCGAGCAGCUGAAGCUGAUGAUCACCAACAUCCAGACCUUGCACUUUUUCGACAGUUCAUUGCGCACCAGGGUUGUGACUGAUGCUUCUCCGGUAGCUCUCGGAGCGGUAUUGCUUCAAUUUGAAAGCGGUAGCGAUGAUGAUCCCCACGUGAUUUGCUACGUUAGUAAAAGCCUUACGCCUACUGAGAAGCGAUAUUGCCAGACCGAGCGAGAGGCUCUGGCUAUUGUGUGGGCUGUGGAGCGGCUUUCUGUGUAUUUGUUAGGCCGUAAAUUUGAGCUGGAGACCGACCACAAACCGCUUGAAGCUAUUUUCGCUCCUACUUCGAGGCCGUGCGCUCGAAUUGAGCGCUGGGUCUUACGGCUGCAAUCUUUCACAUUCGAGGUCAAGUACCGGAAGGGGUCAAACAACAUUGCGGAUCCAUUAUCCAGGAUGGUUGUUGAAGAUGAUGCAGAGGAGUUCGAAAAGGACAACAAAUUUCUCAUUCUAGCGAUAACGGAAUCGGCCGCGGUAGACGUAGGAGAAAUAGAGGAUGCCGCAAGAAUGGAUGGACAAUUACAAUUGGUAGUAGAAGCAUUACAAACAGGCGUUUGGAACCGGAAGGAAAUAAAGGAUUUUGAACCAUUUCGGGACGAACUUGGACUAGUGGAAGACUUGCUGGUCCGCGGAAACAAGCUUGUAGUACCGGAACAGUUGCGAAAGAGGAUGUUGGAACUCGCCCAUGAAGGCCAUCCAGGUGAGUCUCUAAUGAAGCGUCGACUGAGAGACAGAGUGUGGUGGCCAAAAAUGGAUGGGGAAGUAACAAGUUGCGUAAAGACAUGUGACGGAUGCCGCCUUGUUGGGCUUCCUAGCAAACCGGUUCCAAUGACUCGUAGAGCUAUGCCGACUAAACCAUGGGUGGACGUGGCCAUAGAUUUUAUGGGACCCUUGCCUUCUAACGAGUACUUGCUGGUGAUUAUAGAUUAUUUCAGCCGUUACAAGGAGGUUGAAAUAAUGGUAAAAAUAACGGCGAAGGAAACAGUUAACCGGCUCGAUAAAAUUUUUACUCGCCUCGGUUAUCCUCGUACGAUAACAUUGGACAACGCCAAGCAGUUUAUCGGGCGGGAGUUCGAACAGUAUUGCACUAUCCACGGAAUAACACUCAACCAUUCAACACCUUAUUGGCCCCAAGAGAACGGUUUGGUCGAACGCCAGAACCGAUCGAUAUUGAAACGGCUACAAAUCAGCCACGCAUUGGAGCGUGACUGGAAGCAGGACUUACAAGACUACCUUGUCAUGUACUACACAACGCCACAUUCCUCCACGGGAAAGACACCAACGGAACUGUGCUUUGGCAGGACCAUACGAUCGAAACUUCCAUCGCUGGGGGACAUCGAAACGGCGCCUGUUAAUACUGACUACAGAGAUCGGGAUCAAGCUUUGAAAUCACGACAGAAACAGAGUGAGGACGUAAGGCGAAGGGCUAAGGAAUCGUCCGUGCAGAUAGGUGAUACUGUUUUGAUGGAAAAUCUAGUUCCAGGAAACAAGCUGACUACCAAGUUCAAUCCAACGAAGUUCAAAGUGGUGAAUCGAUCCGGAGCACGUGUAACAAUCGAGGAUCACGAAACUGGCAAGGUGUUUGAUCGGAAUGUAAGCCAUGUCAAAAAGGUGGGCGACGUUAGCGAUGGAGUGGCAGAGGAUCAGGAUAAGAUUGAACAACCGUUGGUGGAAUCGGAUUCGGAUGAAGAUAAGAUGGGGUUUAAAGGGUUUGAUUUAGAGGAGCAGCAGGAACAAGACACAGCGGUGCUGGGUCGGGAAUUUUCUGAUAGAGAACGCCGUCUUCGUCGAGUUCCGGAUAGAUACAGGGAUUUUGUGCUGUAAUGUAACUUUGCAUUUUUAUAUGGAAGGGGAGAUGUGGUAGGCGGUUAGAGUGUUCAGCCACUGGGCUGAAUUUGAGUCGAUUCGAGGAGAAGAACAACCACUGGGAAGAGUGAGAGUACAAAAGCAGGUUCGGAGUCACGAACAAUAAACGGAUAAAUCUGAGUCUUGUUUCGAGUAAUUUAUUAUAAAUAAUUCACAAUUAUCACACACAGCGUAAGCAUGGUGUCACUGAGUGUGAUCAGUGACACGACUACUCG